UGUGUAGGGAGGUGGUACAAAUCCUGUUACUCGAACUCGAUACUUUCCCAUCGCUCGCCGCCUCGCCGCCGCCGCCGUCGACGCGAACCCGCGCUCUAGACCUCGUUCCUGCGUCCGAGGCGAUGAGGCUCGUCCACCGCGACCUCGUCCGCAAUGGCCCCGGCUCCGUCAAGUUAGUGCCGGAGGAGGAGGACGACUUGUGGCACGCGUACAACCUCAUUGCUACCGGGGACAAUCUCCAAGCAGUCACUGUUCGGAAAGUGCUGAGGGAGGUAGCAUCUGGAGGGCGUGAUGCCGAGCGGGUGAAGCUUAAGUUGGAAAUUGUAGUAGAGUCUGUAGACUAUGACAAGGAGGGAUCUGUCUUACGUGUGCGUGGAAAAAAUAUCACCGAGAAUGAUCAUGUGAAGAUUGGCCAGUUCCACACUUUAGAGCUUGAGCUGAAGAGACCUUUUGUUCUACGAAAGGAAAUUUGGGAUUGGUUAGCCCUUGAAACUAUCCAGCAAGCAUGUGAUCCUUCUGCAAGUGCUGAUCUAGCAGUUAUUCUCAUGCAAGAAGGACUUGCACACCUGUUCCUCAUUGGCAGAAGCAUAACAGCAACCAGGGCACGUAUUGAAACAUCUAUUCCUCGGAAGCACGGGCCUGCAAUUGCUGGCUAUGAGUCGGCCCUCAAGAAGUUCUUUGAGCACGUUUUGCAAGCUUUGCUGAAACACAUUGAUUUUGAAGUAGUCCAGUGUGUUGUAAUUGCAAGCCCAGGUUUUACAAAGGACCAAUUCCGUGAUUAUAUGUUUCUUGAAGCUGCACGGCGAGAUUUAAGAGUAAUAAUUGAGAACAAACAGCGCCUUGUUCUGGCACAUGCAACAUCAGGUUACAAGCAUAGUUUGAAGGAAGUUCUGGAUACCCCAGGCAUCAUGGCACUGAUAAAAGAUACAAAAGCAGCACAGGAGGUCCGAGCUUUGCAGGAUUUCUUCAACAUGCUUACUAAUGAUUCAGCUCGUGCUUGUUAUGGACCAAAGCAUGUUGAGAUUGCACAAGACCGUCUUGCAAUUCAGACUCUUUUAAUAACUGAUACUUUAUUUCGGAACGCUGACAUUGCUACCAGAAAAAAGUAUGUGAACUUGGUUGAAGGCGUCAAGAAAUACGGUGGCACAGUGCACAUAUUUUCUUCAAUGCAUGUCUCCGGCGAUCAGUUAGCGCAGUUGACAGGGAUAGCAGCUAUACUUCGUUUUCCCCUGCCUGAUCUAGAGGACAUCGAGAUGUGAUCACACCAACCCCUUCGCAGCUGUUUAACAUUUUUUUGGUGGCGAUCUGUUUGCAUCAUGUGUAACUUUAUGCUCGUGAUGACCUGAACUGAUAUAGGUAGCCCUGGAAAGAGAUCCAGCUACCUUUUAAGAUAUCCUAGCUGUAAAUGGUUUGUUGUGCCAUACUGUAUUUGUUAAUUCUUUAAUCGAUAAAGGGCCCUUGGUUCGCAGAAGUUAAAAGGCUAGCAUGAUAAAACAUGGUGUUUGUACUUGGAAAUCACAUUCUCUGAUUUGACAAACCAUCACCAAGUGUUGGAGCCUGGAGGUUCAGACAUCGGAGCGCCGUGUUGUUAAAACAGUACAGCAUUUGACGUUGUGUGGUUGUGGCCCCUUUUUUUUCCUUUGAAAAAAGGACGUCGUUUUAUGACUUUUUAUGGAAUCAAAACCUUUAUGCUCCUAUGCUCGGCUGGAACUCCUGGAACCUAGCUAGUGCUUUGUUGAUGGCCAGCCUAUGCCUACCUGUCAUGCAUUAUUAUUCGAUUAUUCUUCCCUUUCUUUACUGUUUUUCAUUUUAUUUCAGGGCGCAUUCUUAGCAUGAUAUAGUCUGCCUUGACCACACUGGCUGGGAGGAUCGGAGUCGUGCAAAGAGCACCAAGAUCGCCUUCGGCAGCUGAAAUUCUUGCGCCUUUGAUGCGGAAACAAAUUCUAGAAUGCAGACAAGGCUGCAAAAGCGGAAUCUUGUGGUCUAGUGAUUGCUGCAGCCUAAACUAUAUCAUUUGCCAAACCACUAGAAAAUACGUCUGCGUGAUGGUUGAUCGGUCACGAGCUGCGUUUUCUGCCAUUUUUCGUUCGGACAAUCAUUUGUUCCCAUCGAUUUGGCGUGUCCAGCCACCCUUGAAAAUUCUGGACUUCGUUUGCGAGCGUUGCUUACCAUGUACCAAGAGUCAGGUCACGAGGUAAACACGUGGCUCGAUGUGAUUUGCUAGAAGGAAAAGGUCACCAUUGACCGUUGACUUGAA